AUCUUUACUAAUUAUACAAAUAUUAAGUUUACAAAUAUUUAAAGGGAACGCGUGUCACAUCGUCAAAUGUUGGCAAUAAACCUUCAGCGAAUUUAAUGGUUCCGCCCGGAUAUACUGACAGAUUUAUCCAGCAACAUUCAAUCCCCUCGCAGCUUGACAUCAUCGUUAUUUAAAGGGUGUGGACGUGUUGAGUUUGGACAGCGCCACCAGGUGAACAAGUAUGAGCCUGGUAGGACAACCUAAAGGUGUUGACCUGCCGGCCCUGCUGGAGCUGCUCUGUGGCCUGUGGAGCAGGAAAGAGCAGGACGAGCUACAUCAGGCUUUAGCGGGCAGUUUUUCUCAGAUGCAGGAGCCUCUCUCUGGUCUGCUUGACAUCCUGGAGGGCUGUGUCACUGUCCAGAAGCCCAAACCCAGCACGCUGAGCCAGUUGAUUCUCUCAGAGUUCAUGCGCUGGAGGAGCAAUAAUCCACAGGCUGCUCUGGACAUGCUGGAUGAAGAGGAGAGGCUGUGUUUACAGCGCCGGGCCCUCGGGCUCCUCACCGACUCUCAGCCCGGCUUCAUGGAGCCCCUGCUGGAGGUCUAUCAGCUGAAGACACUGAAGCGCCCACUGCUGCUGGAGCACGCGGACAACCUGCACUGCUGCUGCUGCUUUAAAGAGGCGCUGGUGUUCAGUGUGAAAAUGGAGCUCCAGUCAGAUCUGGACAUGGAGAAGAUGUGUGUUCCUCUCAUCCUGCUGGACAAGCUGUCUCUGGCUGAGCUCUAUGUUCGUCAUCAUCCAGAUCUGCAACAGAGACUCGUAUCCCUCCUGGACUCCUGGUGCCGGCCAGACUUCAGCACACAGGCACUCAUCAGUCAGUUUCCUCAGCUGGUUCUCUCCAAACAUCAUUCAGACCAGAUUCAGCCCAAACUGCUCAGCAAACACGUCUUCAGGCUCAUGGAGAAGUUCCACAUCGACCCAGGUCUCUGCCCGAAUUCAGUCUACAAGAGGAAGUCAGACUCGCUGAGGUUUCUCAUGUACAAAACCUUUGUGGAGAAAGGCAUGUCAGAAGAGAACUGGAGAGACCAUGUGCAGGCCAUGAUUGAAGGUGAUUUGGAGCUGCAGGUUCAGCUGGUUCAGCUGCUGGUCAAACACUGCAGUCUUAAGGCUGCUGCUCAGUGGUCUGCACAUUACAAACUACCCAGAAACAGGCUUCCCAUUGGAGUCUGGGACAAAAUUCAGAGCCUCUCUCCCCAGCAGUUAGAGUUGGGUUCUGUUAGCGGUCCACCAGAGUCCUGGGCGCCUCUACAGUCUGAUCAGGAGAAAUACUACCAGCUGCCUCUGCCCAGAGAGAACGUCCACUUUGUAGAGACACUAGAGGAGGUUGACAAGUGCAGAGAAGCUGUUUUAAAGUCGGGCAGUGUGGUUGGAAUGGACAUGGAGUGGAGGGCCGGUUUUGGCACAGUGUCGUCUCAGCGCGUGGCUCUGAUCCAGCUGGCUGUACAGGAUCAGGUGUUUCUGCUGGACCUUUGUGCUCACGCCAUCAGCCACCACAGCACCACCGUGGACUUCAUUAGGGCUCUGUUGUCCGACAAAAAAAUUCUCAAGCUGGGCUAUGGGAUGUCUGGAGACUUGCGGAGUCUGGUCAGCACGUGGCCUGAUCUCAGGGAGGAGCCCAUGAAAAUGGAAGGAGUUUUGGACUUGCUCCUCAUUCAUCAGGAGCUUCAGCGGUGCUGGUUGGGCAACAAAGGGUGCAGGUCUGUGGAAGUGAGUGAGGGACCUGCUGAGAAGGGCCUAAGUCUGCUAGUACAGCAGGUGUUGGGAAAACCACUCAACAAAUCCGAGCAACUGUCCAACUGGGAGCGCCGGCCGCUGCGGACCAGCCAACUCCGCUAUGCUGCUGCAGAUGCAUACUGUUUGCUAGACAUCUACCUCAUCCUCUCUCGAGAUCCCAAGGCUUUUGGAUUGCCAGAGGAUCUUCGCUCUAUUCCCACAGCCCAGAAGCCCAAGAGCCAAGAGGAGAAAAAGCCCAAAGACAAGAAGCAGUUUAAAAGAAGAGAGGGUUGGCAGAAGGUGAAUGAGCCGCACUCUGUGGAUAAUGACUUUAAGGUGAAUUCAGAAUAUCAAGGGCCCACCAUCAAGCCGCCAGAGCUGCGAGUUGUAUGUGACAACAUGCUGCAGGGUCUGGGUCGUUUUUUGCGUUGUCUUGGAGUGGAUGUCAAAAUGCUGGAAAACACAGAUGACCAUAAAGUAGCAGCAGAGCUGGCUCGUGCUGAAGGUCGUGUCAUCCUUACUGCUGGCCAGCCCUACCAAUCAUUACGCUCACAGGUUGGAGAGGGCCGCUGCCUGACUCUGGACUGUUCAGAAAAGGCACGAGACCAGGCCGUGCGUGUUCUCCAACAUUUUCACGUUCACCUUACUCCAGCAGACAUAUUCAGCCGUUGCCAGGCCUGCAACUGCAAUGAGUACUUUAAGCUGAGCAGAGAGGAAAUGACACGCAUGAUGAAAGAGAGAGGUCUUCUUCAGAACAUCGUAUCCAAACGGGAUGACUGUGUCCCACAACAUGAGACGCAGGCAGAGUACAGCAGCUGGAGGCCCCCUGAGGGCCCCCAGUUCACUCCUCACUGCCGCUGGGCCCCUCGAUCAGACCUGGACCCCCAGACCUUCAGGUUCCCCAGUGGAGCAGAGGUGCAGCUCGAGACAGUCCCGCCAGGCCUUCUGCCCCGCAUCCCUGUCUACUUCAUCUGCACCGGCUGUGGGAAGGUCUUCUGGGAAGGCACUCAUUUCGACCGGGUGCUGUCGCAGUUCCAGGAGGUCCUGCACGUCUGAAGGCUGGGAUCACAGGUGUCCAGCUCUUUCUCAACUCUUCUUUAGUCUUUUUUUAAAUUUUAUUUGCUGCACGAUGUCAUUAUAGCUGUGCAAAAGCUGCAAUUAAACCGUUUCAUUUUGUGGUUUGCACUGAAAAUUGGUCGAGUUGUUAUCAAGUCUGUGGUGUAAAUUUGUUUUACACAAUAUUAUACUUUAUAUUUUACAACAGGAUGAUUUUAUGUUUAUUUUUUUAUGUGCAAAUAUCCUGUUUAACCCUUUUUUGGAGGUGUAAUGUAAAUUUGUUUUACAAGACGUAAUCUACUUCAGUGUUUCUCAACCAUGUUCCUGGAGGCCCACCAACACUGCAUAUCUUAUAUGUCUCCUUUGUCUGUCACAUCCAUUACAGGUCUUUCAGUCUCUGCUAAUGAGCUGAUGAUCUGAAUCGUGUGUGUUUAGUUAAGGAGACACGGUAGAUGUGGAGAUCUGGUGGUCCUCCAAGAACAUGGUUGAGAAACACUUAUCUACUUGAUGCUUAAAACAGGAUUUACAAAAUGAUUUUUUUUUUACAAAAAUCCUGUUAAGCCAUUUUUAUUUUUUGAAAGAAUAUGCUCUGCAUGUAGUUUAUACUAUGUAAUCAUAUAGUUAAAAAUGGGACUUUCGUGGAAUUGAGCCUUCAAAAAUGACAAGACGCUUUAAUUCACUUUUUUUCCCUACAAUUUUAAUUGUCAAAUUUGUUUUAGACUCUUUAAUGUCAUAAAAAGUUGACAGAAUCUUUCAUUUUCAUAAAUUUUAAGCUCAAAAGACUUUCAUUUAAUGACAAAUCAUUUGUUCAUUUAAUGUUUUGCAUAUAAACUUGUUUAUUACUCUGGUUUACAGUAAAACUGAAUGUUUUACACCGUAUAAUAAUAUAUUGUACAUAAAAUGUUAGCAAACCUUCUAAGUUGUCAAUAAAUUGUUGUUUUUAAAAAUAUUUGCUGGUAAAAUGAGACUGGUUUGAGCACAUUCUUUCAUUACAUUUUCAUUUUUUAAAUUUUAUUUUGUACAGUUCUAUAAAAUAGAGUAAAAUCCGCAUUUGUUUUCCACAAUGUAAUGUACGUAUUGCCUUAAAAUAUUUCCAAGAAUUGUUACUCAUAAAAUGUUCACACAAUAAAUUAGCGUUAAGUGUUUUAA